UUCAAUAAUCGGUUCAGUUGUCGGAGCACGGCACAUCGUCACACUUGUUUUAUCCUAACGCUGCGUGUAAACAAAAUGAAACUACCACUUCUUGUGUUUACAUUGUUCAUAUUAAUGCAAUGCAGUGAUUCACGGCAUGUCUCCUGGCUUCCAAACUCGAUAGUAGAUGCAGUUACAAAUAAAACUUCACAAAUCACAAAUUAUGUGAAAGAAAAGGGAAGGAGCAUCAAAAAUUUCUACGUUGAAAAUGUGCGCAACAAGAUAACAUCGUACUUUGGGAAAAAUAAUGACGUCGAUCCACCAAGUAUAAUAGAUAAACAGGCAAGAAUUAAAAGGAAAUUUAAAGAUUAUAUAGCUGAAGCAGAAUUAAAGGAAAAUAAGAUUUUUGAUUCAAUUGCCCCUGCAGAAGUGGAAUAUACAUGCUCUAAUGACGACCCAGCUAUACACAUGACUACGCCACAAUUAAUAGUUCUUCAGGGAUAUCCUGCAGAGUCACAUACUGUUAUGACAGAUGAUGGGUAUAUCCUCACAAUACAUAGGAUACCAUAUUCCAAAAAUUCUCCAGGUAAAGUGAGUCCUCGGAAAACGGUUCUCCUUCAUCAUGGGUUGCUUGGGAGUUCCGCUGAUUGGAUAAUAGCUGGACCAGAUAAAGGAUUAGCUUAUAUCUUGUCAGAAGCUGGUUAUGAUGUAUGGAUGGCUAAUGUCAGAGGCAAUACUUACUCCAGAGCACACGUGUCUAGAAACGUUGACAGUUUUGAAUUUUGGAAUUUUACUUUCCAUGAUGUUAGUCAACAUGACCUACCCGCAGUAAUCGAUUAUAUAAUGGAGUUAAAAGGUUGGGACGUCAAAAUAAAUUACAUAGGCCAUUCCAUGGGGACAACUGUGCUGUUCGCCCUGUUAUCUACAAAGACUCAAUACAAUAAAGUUCUGAGAGCUGGCUUUGCUUUGGCUCCUGUAGCCUACAUGACAGACAUAAAAAGCCCAAUAAGACUACUAGCAAAAUUUAGUGACAACAUUGAAUACCUAAUGAAACUACUUGGAGCAAAUGAGUUUUUACCUCAGAACGCUGUUCUUCGAUGGUUAUCAAAACAUGCAUGUGAAAUAAAUCAUUAUGAAGAAGCGAUAUGUGAGAACUCCAUGUUUGUACUUUGCGGUCAUGACGAGAGGCAGUUCAAUAGAUCUUUGUUGCCUAUAAUACUAGGUCAUGUGCCGGCUGGAGCUUCGACAAGGACACUGGUCCACUACGCUCAAGAGAUUCGUAAAGACGGCCGUUUUCAGCAAUUUGACUUUGGACCUGAUGGAAACAUGAAACAGUAUGGUACCUCGUUACCACCGGAAUAUCCAGUGCAUAAAAUAACCCUGCCUAUAGCAUUGUUUAGUGCGCAAAAUGACUGGUUAUCCAGUGACGUCGAUGUAACGAAUCUGUAUGUGCAAAUAGCUAAUCCAAUUGAGCAUUAUGUAGUGCCGUUAAAAGAAUUCAAUCACAUAGAUUUUCUGUGGGCGGUAGACGCUCCAAAACUCGUGUAUGAGAAACUAUUGCAGUUAUUACAGGAAGGUGUCAGCAGUACAAAUUAUAAUGAAGAUUUUUAUACCAAUGAGUUAAAUUUAGUAACUAAUUAACUAUUUUUAACCGACUUCAAGAAAGGAAGGGCAUUCUUAAUUCAGUGAUGUUUCUGUAAUGCACAUAGAUAGACAAAAUCCCCAGCAUUUUUAAUAUGAAUUGGAAAAUUAUUUCUUUUAUUGCCAAGGAUAUUCGUCGGUGGCGUAUGCGAUCAAGAAAACUCCACUCCGGCCGGCCGACCCAUAGAAUAAGAAACAAAUUGAAAUACAGUCCACAUAUUUUGAAAAUCGAAGAACUUUUAAUUGUGUACCCCACAAUUUUGUGCUCGUACUUUCAAAUUUGUAACAUAGAAAUUUCAUCAGUGCCUACUCUAAUUUGAAAUUAAUAUAACUAAAAAAAAGUCAUUCUGUGGUGUUUACGGUCACAGAAAUGAUCUCAAUAAACUGCCUAACGAUGGAUGUCGGUAUUUUUUUGUUGUGCCAAAUAUAAUUUACCAAAAAUUAAUACGAAAUAUGUAGCUAGUUUGUAAGUUAUUUUUAAUGUAGUUAUCUAACUAAUUGAAUCACAACUUUGUACGGUAGUGCUUUCGUACUAUCUACUCGUUACCACUGUGUUGAGUUAUAUCAAUUAAUUUACGCUUACUAUAAGGUCUGUAUCUCUCAGAUAUACAAAAUGACACAUUCUAUUGUUUUCUUCUUAAUAUAGAGAAAAUAAACAAUUAAU